AUAACACUACUCCAGAAGUAUAAUAAAGUUGUAAGGCUUACUCCCAUCCUUUUCAAAUCUAAAAGCAAGCCAGACCAAAAUGGUCCCUCUUUCCUUUCCACCUCAUUUACUCAGUAGAGUCCUCACUCACUCUCUACUCUCUACAACACACACACACACACUCACACACUACACUGACUACAGUACUCAGUAGAGUCAUCACCACCCUCCUUCUACAGCCACACGUACUACUUCUCUUCUUUCACUCACAUUCCACUUCUCCCUACAAUUUCUCAAUGAACUCCCACAUCAUUCAAAAUCAAACCCCCUCAGAGCUCCUCCCAUUCUUCUAAACAAUCAUAUGGCUUCUUUCUCCAUCCUCCCAUUCCAGUUAUUAUUACAAUUAUUUGGAUUGGCGAUUUUCUCAGUCGCCGUUUCUGGGACUACUCAAAGGGAAGUUAAGACUUACAUUGUCCGUGUUCAGCGGGAUUCCAAGCCCACCGUCUUCCCUACUCACCGGAAUUGGUACGUGUCUUCUCUCCUCGGAGCUCUGUAUCAAGAUGGUGACAAGACGAAUGGGGUUGUGGAUGAUUCCAUGAUAUUGCAUGCCUACGAUACGGUCUUCCAUGGCUUCUCUGCUCAGCUGACGUCUGCUCAAGCUCAGAAGCUUCAGGACAUGGAUGCCGUUCUGGGUGUUAUUCCCGAGCAAGUCAGGCAGCUGGACACUACCCGGUCCCCGGAGUUUCUUGGCCUGAAGAAAUCCGACAGUGCCGGCCUUUUGAAAGAGAGUGAUUACGGUUCUGAUCUUGUUAUUGGUGUUCUUGAUACUGGGAUCUGGCCGGAGAGGAAGAGUUUCGACGAUCGGGACUUGGGCCCUGUUCCGGGCAGGUGGAAGGGUGCCUGUUCUCCCGGCAGGGAUUUUCCGGCGAGUUCCUGCAACCGGAAGUUGAUCGGAGCCAGGUAUUUCAGUGCUGGGUACGAAGCGACGAAUGGGAAGAUGAACGAGACGAAGGAGUACCGGUCACCCAGGGAUGCCGACGGGCACGGGACCCACACGGCUUCGAUUGCCGCCGGGAGGUAUGUUUUUCCGGCUUCCACUCUUGGGUAUGCCCGAGGCGUGGCUGCUGGGAUGGCCCCCAAAGCUCGACUGGCGGCUUACAAAGUCUGCUGGCUCUCCGGUUGCUACGACUCCGACAUACUCGCGGCCUUUGACGCCGCCGUGGCUGACGGAGUGGAUGUUAUUUCCCUCAGCGUUGGUGGUGUGGUGGUUCCUUACUACCUCGAUGCUAUCGCCAUUGGCGCUUUUGGGGCUAUGGACCACGGGGUCUUCGUGUCGGCCUCCGCCGGCAACGGUGGUCCCGGAGGAUUGACUGUUACCAAUGUUGCUCCUUGGGUCACCACGGUCGGUGCCGGAACAAUCGACAGGGAUUUCCCGGCGGAAGUCAAGCUCGGCAACGGGAAGAUUGUCCCGGGUAUGAGCGUUUACGGCGGGCCGGCGUUAGCCCCACACAAGCUUUACCCUUUGGUUUACGCCGGAAGCGAAGGCAGCGACGGCUACUCGUCUUCACUCUGCUUAGAAAACUCACUGAAUCCGGCGGUGGUCAAGGGUAAGAUCGUCCUUUGCGACAGAGGAAUCAAUUCCAGGGCUGCAAAAGGCGAAGUGGUGAAGAAAGCCGGCGGAAUCGGGAUGAUUCUGGCAAACGGCGUAUUCGACGGGGAAGGUCUGGUGGCGGAUUGCCACGUGUUGCCGGCGACCGCCGUGGGUGCCGCCAGCGGCGACGAAAUCAGGAGGUACAUAGAUUCCAUGACCAAAUCCAAAUCCGUGGCGGAAGCCACGAUAACGUUCCGGGGUACCCGGCUGAACGUCCGGCCAGCGCCCGUGGUGGCAUCGUUCUCCGCCCGGGGCCCGAAUCCCGAAACCCCGGAGAUUCUGAAGCCGGAUAUUAUCGCACCUGGAUUGAAUAUCCUGGCAGCUUGGCCGGAUAAAGUGGGACCGAGUGGGCUCCUGUCCGAUAAACGCCGGACCGAAUUCAACAUUUUAUCCGGCACCUCCAUGGCUUGUCCUCACGUAUCUGGGCUGGGCGCGCUGCUGAAAGCUGCCCAUCCGGAAUGGAGUCCAGCCGCAAUAAGAUCGGCCCUGAUGACCACGGCUUACACGCUGGACAACCGGGGGACUACAAUGCUGGAUGAAUCCACCGGGAAUUCAUCCACCGUAAUGGAUUUCGGAUCCGGUCAUGUCCACCCGGAGAAGGCAAUGGACCCGGGUUUAAUCUACGACUUAACCACCUACGACUACGUAGAUUUCCUGUGUAAUUCGAACUACACGUUGAAGAACAUCCAGCUGAUCACCCGGAAAAAGAACUUUGACUGCCGGAACGCGAAACGGGCGGGUCACAUUGGCAACCUGAAUUAUCCGUCUUUGUCAGCCGCGUUCCAGCAAUACGGGAGGCAUAAAAUGUCAACCCAUUUUAUCAGGACGGUCACCAACGUUGGGGACCCGAAUUCGGUUUAUAAAGCCAUCGUGAUUCCCCCUGCCGGGGCAAUCGUGACGGUCCAUCCUGACACGUUGGCGUUCCGGCGGGUCGGGCAGAAGCUGAAUUUCUUAGUCCGGGUGGAAGUAACGGAGGUGAAACUGUCUCCAGGUAGCUCCAGUUUGAAGAGUGGGUCUUUAGUUUGGUCGGACGGGAAGCAUUUUGUGACUAGUCCAAUUGUUGUGACAAUGCAGCAACCUCUCUAAAAACUAAAAUUAGCGUUUUUUUUUUGUUUUUUUUUUAAAAUAAAUCCAUGCAUGUGUUGGGAUUUUGUGGGCUUCUUUUUUUUUUCUUUCGUUUUUUAGCUGUGGCUUAUGUAAAAUUCAAUUAAAUUAAGUUUUGUUAGCUUUUUUUUUUUUUUCCUUAAGUUAUUAUAUAUAUAAUAACAAUAUAAAUAUGAAUGUAUGUAUGUAUAAGGGGAAUUUUGUAUGGGGGUGAGCGCUGAGUUUGAUUUUGUUUUGUUGUAGUUUUGUUGUACCUGUGUUUUUGGUAGCCUGAAUAUAUGAAAUCGAGAAUCAAAAAUGCCCUCCGAAUGCGAGGAACUGCUUCUUUUUGUUUACCAUUUAUAGCUUAUUUUGGCAUAUUCAGGUGUGUAGUUCUGGAUUUCUGGUUGCUUAAUCUGGGCGGAACUGAAUGUUCAAUUCCUUCAUUUGCUCCAAUAGGCUGUCAGUUCAUAUGGUGGAAAUGAUUAGGGUCAUUACAUUGCACUUUUUCCUCUGACUCUGUCGGUUGCUCCAAUGUACUUAAAAAUGAUAGGCACCGAAUCUCAUACUAUUCAGUUAAUUUGCUCCAUUGCAAUAGUAUUUCGUUCCAAAAG